UGCUUAAAAUUUUUUUUGGUUGGCCGCGCUCUCUAAGCCAUUGAGCUGCAGCAUCGAUGGCCCAAAGAUGUAUUCUCCUCCUCUUGGCCGCCUGGCAAGCCGCAGCCUACAUCCCCUCGCCGCAGAGGCUGAGACCAGCACUCCAGCUCUCUCAGCAGCAGGAGGCACGCGCGCAACGCGUCGCACAGAUGGCGCCACCGCGCCAUCUAUGCCGGCUACGCGCAGCCGAUGACGACGCCGACGAGGACCCGGAACUCUUGCUAGCAAAGGCCGAAUUCCUCCGCCAGCAAGCAGCGUACCUCGAAGAAUCGAUGCCCAAGCGGGAGCCGAUCGGCCUCCAGCCGCAGGAGAGCAAGGAGCCGUCGUUGGAUGGGAUGACGGUCGUCGUCACGGGCGCUAAUGGUGAGGUCGGCUCCAUCAUAACAGAAGAGUUGCUCAGCCGCGGCUGCCGGGUGCGCGCGAUCGUGCGCAGCGCGGAGGACCAGGGCUCGUACGAGCGCCUGUCGUACGCCGUCGGCGCGGAGUCGCUCCAGGGCGAGAUCGAGGCGCCCUGGAUCUUGCGGGACACGUCCGAGGGCGGUCCGUUAUUUAACUCGCCGGCGACGUACACGGCGCCGGAGGACGAUUCGCUCGCGGACACGUCCGACGAAGAAUAUGCGAAGCUGACGCCGUACGGGCAGAAUCAAGUAGUCGCGGCCCGAGCCGCGCGGAAGCUGCGGAAGCUCGAGGUCCGGUCCGCGGAUUUGAGGAACGAAAAGGACUGCACCGGCGUCGUGUUUGGGGCGGACGCCGUGAUUCACUGUGCCGCGUCCCUGAAACCAAAUGGGGAUAAGAGCCGCGGCGACGACGCCGGCGGGCGGCUCCUGGAGGAGGCCGGGCGGCUCUUCGAGUUCCGGCUGCCGCGCGUCGACCGCGUCAAGGCCGCGUCCUCGGGCGAGGGCUCGGCGGACGUGGAAGGCGUGGAGUUCCUGGCGCGGGCCCUGGCGAAGAGCCUCGCGCGCGAGCGGCCGAAGCCCGACCGGCCGCUGGCCUUUAUCCUGCUGUCGGGGCGGUCGACCGCGGGCGACGGCGCAUUUGUCGAGCGCAAGCGCGAGUCCGAGGCGGCCUUCACGCGCGUCGCGUCGACGGCGGACUGGAGCGGGUCGCUCAUCGCGCGCCUGCCGCCGAUAGACGCGUUCGGCUACGACGCCGGCGCGCGGCUGGAGCGCGCAAAGGCGGACGCCGUCGCGCCGGCCGGCGCCCUGUUCCCGCCGGCGCUCGCCGGCACCAUCUCCAAGGUGGACGCGACGCCGCGCGACGUGGCGCGGGUCGUCGCGGACGCGCUCGUCGACGCGGAACUGCGCGGGGGGCUUGGCGUGGCGGACCUCGUUAUUGAUGGGUAA